AUGGCGACGGAAAGUAACGGACAGCGGCCUCCACACCAACUGCAACAACCAACUGUAGCACAAGCCAUCGACAUCAUCGCCACGACAAUCACAACCAGAGACGACGCGCAUAACAACGACGACGACGCUGCCCAAGGGGACAGUGAAAACCACUGCCACAUUACCGGCAAGAUCUCCGAGAUCGAUACGACGACGACGACAACAACAACAACAACAACAACAACAUCAGCGGCAACAACGCCGGCGCACGUACUACCGGUCGACGACCUGUCCGCAUCACCACUGUCUCGCCUAGCAUCUCCGUCUGAUUCGGACUUCUCCUUCUCACAACCGUCGGCCGGCUUUCAGUCGCUGCUAGGCGCGGCUACGUCGAACCCUCUCACGCCACUGUCGUCACUGGACGGCGGCGAGUCGUGGUGUCGUCCGAGCCUACCUAGUUUGGGCAGUUGUGCCGUGGCCGAAGACGACGCAGUGUGCAUUGAUGACGAUAGCGGCAGCCAGCAGGACUCAAUGUUGAGCUUUGGUGACAUGCCUAAUUCUGCAGGGUCCGAAAAAGGCGAAGCGCCACAGCCAGAUUCAGGCACAGUGUGUGCGGUUGUGUCCGCUAAAAAUACGGCAAAAAAGGCCCAAUCACCAGGGCCAAUACGAGCCACCGGCGCUGCAACGGAAAAGGGGGCGCUCAGGGACACGAGGUCCAAAAAAAGCACAACGUCGGACAAUGGUACUAGCGACGAAAAUACAACAAUCGCGACUUCGAGUGGCUCGACGAGUACGAGCACAGCGGACGUCCUUUACGGCAUCGGUAAUACCGACAGCGCUUCUGGGACGCCAAGUACGGCGCCCUAUCAGGCCCAGCACGCCCACCUACGCGGUGAGACACCGACUCUUGCACUGAAUUCUGCAGCGCAACCUGCAGCGCAACCUGCACCACAGCUCGCACCACAGCCUGCAUCAUCACAACAACACUCCGGCCCCGCGACACAGUGUGCCACGCCGCACGCGCGUGCGAAAGGCGAAGAGAACGCCACCCAGAAAACCUACUCGAACAUCCUGAACUCCGUCAGCGCCGCAAAACCGCUUGCUGGCGCUCUCGCAACCACGUCGUCCACAGCAAAGUUCUUCCAGCCGAAGGCUGUCAAGCCGAAGAAGUCGUCGCCGCCCCCGCCGCCGCUGCCACAGCAGCCCGCUAUUGUCCGCACGACCUCCUCACACGGCAAUCUACCGCUUCGACAGCCCGUUCCUGACCCCAACGGCGGCUCCACUAGUAUCGUUAGCAACAUUGCACAACUCGAAGAAACGGCCGAGCAACUAUCCAGCACCGGCUCCAUCGAGACAGCCAUCCGCGAGGCCCACCAGGAACUGAAACGCAGCGACAGCCGACGCUCUUCGAUUCUUGCGGCAAGCAUCCGCCAGGCGUCUUCGCGAGGCUCUUCGGUUGCGGAUCCAACAGAGGCGCCGCCCCGGCGUCGACAGUUCUCGAGGCAAAGUUCCAUUAUUGAGCUGAACAGUGCCGCACGCGCAGGUGCCUUGUCCCCUUACGAUUACAUCAUGUCGCCCAGCUCUUCUGUUGCCGGCGGUACCCGGCAGCGAUCGAACAGCAAGGCCAGCAGCAUAGGCAGCCCCCAUGGCAGUCUGAUGGCCAACAUCCUCGGCAUCUCCGACCAGUCCAUCACAGGUGGCGAUGACAUCUUCCCCUUCCUCUCACGUCACGGAACCGGCAAGAGCUCCAUUCACAGUACUCGCUCUGGCAAGCUGUCUAUGCCAGAGAUUGCAGAACUAGAGCCGCCGUCCACUCUGACACAAGAUGCUCUGGACGAGGCCGACCGUCUCAUGGCUGCCGGCGAAGACCCCGAGGAUGAUGACACGAUCCGCGCCAGUGCUCACCAACAUAUUGACGUUGAGCCACAUGGUGAAGUCGACGACGGUGCGGCGACAGGAGACCCUGAACUGACACCUAACCAGGAGUCGUGGGUGCAGCUGGCGGCACUGGGCUCGUCUGUUGGUACCGACUCUUCACUGCUCUCGUCUCGCUCACCUCCUCCCAUUGCUCGACCCUCCGUGACCGACUUCGCGGGCUAUGCUUCGCCACCACAAUAUGUCCCGAAUCCUGCGGCGUUCCGCGACUAUACUUCUCCCGGCCAUACGGACGUGCAGUUUCCAAGGGACGGUGCACCAAAGCAGGAGCAUAACAGCGAAGCCGACGUUGAUCAGAAUGCGGCGGCUGGUCGCGACUUGAUACCUGAAGAGCGGCCUGACGCAGAUCAUCAGAAUGAACUGGAGCGUCCGGCAUCAGCUGCGUCUGGUGGCACCUUUGAUCAGGCGCAACUCGCCUUUGACGACUUUGACGGUGUUCACUGCGAUCCGGAGUCGGCAAGCUUGAGGCGGUCCAUCAGCGGCGCACCUUCGAUCCUGGAACGUCCGCCUUCCGAAGAGCCGGCUCGCGAGACACCGCCGGUAAAUUUCAAACACCGCCUGCCCAUGCCGCCUCGCCCGACGUCGUACCUCGACCCUCAAACCGGCCAGCAAAUGCUCUUCUAUCCUGCUCGCGUUCCGGCCAUGCUGCAGCUGCCCCAGAAGCUGUCUAGGAACCCCAAGGCGGCUGAUCGCAACGCAAGGCGGUCUCAGGUCAUGAGCAUGAUGAUGACACCGGGGCACAGCCCCGAACUGAGAGAGCCGAAACAGGAGCGGGCGUCUCGUGUCUGGCUUCCUGAUCCGAUGGAUGGCGACGCUGGUUCUCACUUUAUGAGUGGCUCCGAUUCUCUCAGUCCCAACCUGACUUCCGACUCCAUCUCUCCCAACGCCCUAUCUCCAGCCUUGAGCGGCGACCCUACAGACCAAACAAGGUCGCCCACAAGACAGUCGUUGCUGGGGGUCGACCCGACUGGUACGACCGAUGCUGAGGUCAGUCCUGCGACUGGCACUCCCAGUGAAGUCGAGUCGGGCGAUAUGAACCACCUCCGUCGUCCGUCACGACUUAUGGACGCCGACAAACGCAAGUCGCGCUUGUCGACGAUGACCAAGUUGCCCGCGCAGCUUCGUGCCUCUGCCUUCUUUGACCAUCCAUCCACCACAGCCAACAUCGAGGUAAAGAACGGCUCUGCCAUGGAUACCCUUGACAGCAUCCUCGAUGCCGCCGCUGCCGCGCCCGUCGGCGCCUUUACAGACCACCAAUUUGCUGGCCAUCUUGGUAAGGAGGUGUACGGUACCGAAAAGAGACGACCCAAGAAGAAGGCAGGCGCUGCUGGCGCUGCUGGCGCCAAUGCUGCCAGUGCUGCCAGUGCCGCUGCCAAACGCCCGGAGAUCUCGCCCAUUCAGCAAAAAGACCUUCCGACAUCAAAGUCCCGCAGCUCUUUCAUGUCCAUAAUGGGCCACAUUCGCAAAGUCAGUGAGCCUGUCGGCGAUGGCCGGUCGGAGUUUGAGGUGCCUCGCGUCCGUAAACGCCUUUCCAAGAACUUUGACGGAGCAAUGCGAUCACCUGGCUUGAGCGAGGGGACGGCAGCUGUCUUGGCCCCGGAUGAUGACGAGCGGGUCUCAGACGACGAGGAAUAUGACCGCGAGCACGACGGGGACGAAAGGGAGGAGGACGACGAGGACGACGAGGACGACGAGGAAGACGAGGAUGAUGACGAGGACGAGGACGAAUUGGUUGGUGCCGCUUACCAGGGCGCGCCGACGACUUUGCUCGCUGAGCUGCAACUCCGUAAGCAACAGCAGAAGCUGCGUACGCGCCCUAUUAACCAGGCCUUCCCCAACGGAAUGCACUCCACGUUGCUUGAACUGGAUGCUGUGGCCGAGAUCGAGCGGCGAGCACGCAAGGGGAAGAAGGUCAACCUUGCCUGGGAGGAUCCUUCCAUGCUGCCGAUCGACAAGGAAAGCGACGACGAGGACGUCCCGCUCGGCAUGCUCUUCGCGGCCAAGGCAGCCGGGCACAACGACAUUUCCGCUGUCGUUGCCGAGAUGAACCGUCCUCUCGGCCUCAUGGAGAAGAAGGAGCUGGAAGACAACGAGCCUCUCAGCCGACGCCGUGACCGUCUUCAAGGCCGCGACACUGCCGUCAGCAUGUAUCUGGGACCCAACUUUGGCAGCAACGCCGUCAAACGCCAGAGCAUGCUCAACCUGACGCCGACUCUCGCCGCCCUGAACCAGAACGCUGCUGCCCAGCCCGAUAGCCAAGGUUCUGACGGUGACAAGAAUGGCUCCGACGACGGCGUCGAAGAGGUGGAGGACGAGCCCCUGGCCGCCCGGCUGCAGCGGAUCAAGGCGAAGGAAGAAAGCGAGCUGCCCCGCGCACGGCCGGUGAGCAUGGCCUUCUCAGAAGAGCUUCUUAACCAGUUCGUGGACCCCGAAGAAGAAGCCAAGGAGCGCGAGCGGCUCGAGAAGGAGGAACAGGCCAAGUCGCAGCAACCUGCUGCCGAAGAAGAGGAGACGCUGGGUCAGCGCCGGCGCCGGCUGCAAGCCGAGAAGGAAGCUCAGGAGCAGGGGAUGGUUGGGGGUUCGGGCGGCGGCAGCGGCGGCCUGGCUGUCAACGGACAGGCCCUGCACGCACUGACCGGUUCCGACCGCCUCUCGCGUCGCAUAUCCAUGGCCAAUGUGCUCUCAGCACACCCUGCCGACACGGCGCAGGGUGCGUACCACCCGCGCGAGGCCGAGCGCAUCCGCCGCGAACAGGAAGCCGCACGUGCGGCCUUUGAGAAAGACCAGAAGAUGGCCGCCAUGCGCGCCCAGAUGCCCCGCAACAUCUCCAACACCAGUCUGGGUGGCGGCGUGACCAAGUCGGGCGGCUUCCUGGGCGGCCGCCUCAACGACGGUGCCGGCGGCAAUGGCGGCAUGCUCAACCGCACGACCAUGCGGCAACACCAUGACGGACCCGGCGUCGGCCAUUGGGCCAAUCCUGGCACCAUGGGCGGGCCCAUGGGCAACGCCAGCGCGCUCAACUUGACGUCGUUGGCUACGACGGGAAACAUGGGCAUGGCGAAUGCCAGCUAUGGUUCUGGCCUCAACACCAUGGGCAUGAGUGGCAUGGGUGGUAUGGGUGGCAUGGGCAUGAACAACCGCAACAUGAGCUUUGGUGGCUACGGUGGCAUGCCGCAGCAGGGCAUGAUGGCCAACAGCGGUAUGGCCUAUGGCGGCGUCUACGGUGCCGUCCAGCCUGCGUACAAUCCCUACGGCGCGAUGCAGGUGCCGAUGCAGAUGCAGAUGCCCACUAUGGGCAUGCCCAUGGGAAUGCCGAUGCAAAUGCCGAUGCAGUCGCCGCCGCAAGUGGACCGUGUCGAGCGCUGGCGUCAGGGCGUCUUGCCUUGA